AUGCCACACCUUCGGUCUGGAACGUCUGGUACGGCCGCCUGUGGGGCAUGUCUGCAGGCAGUGCCACUCUCCCAAUCCUCCAACUUAGUCCCUCCUCCACCCUCCGCGAAGGGAGCGGAUACUGCUCACCAUUCGGGGCACCAAGCCGACGACUUUAAGGCGCAAACCUCGAUGACCAGUCGAGUGGUGAAGCCACUUCGAAAUGGUCAUGCUAAUCUGACACAACCUCAUCCGACAUGUCGCUCUGAAUGGACGGCCUAUAAAGAAUGGGAUCAAAACAGCUGCUAG